CCAUUCAGCCCAUCUGCCUGUCAGUGAGCUCCACAGUGACCACCAUGGCUCUGAACAUCCCAGGUGUGGUUGCCGUGGUGCUGUUCUAUAUCUUGAUUCUGGGGACAGGGGUGUGGGCCGCCCGAAAGUCCAGGAAGGCUGAGAGGAAGAGCCAUGGAGACAGGACUGAAGUGGUCCUCCUCGGAGACAGGAAUAUCAGUUUACUGGUUGGGAUUUUCACCAUGACUGCUACGUGGGUCGGAGGAGGUUUUAUCCUGGGUGUGGCUGAGGCGGUGUACACUCCUAAAAUGGGCUUAAUAUGGGCUCUUAUGCCUAUACAAUACUCAGUGUCCUUCAUAAUAGGUGGUCUUUUCUUUGCCAAGCCAAUGAGGGACAAGAAGUAUGUCACCAUGAUGGACCCAUUCCAGAUAAAGUAUGGCAACAUACUGAGUGGUGCUCUAGUGCUGCCCUCCCUGCUGGUGGACGUGCUGUGGGUGUCCUGCACUCUGCUUGGCUUAGGAGCAACUAUGAGUGUGAUACUUGACUUGCCCUAUGCCUAUUCUGCUUGGAUCUCAUCAGCUGUGGCCAUUAUCUACACUCUGUUAGGAGGCCUUUACUCAGUGGCCUAUACUGACGUCAUCCAGCUCUCUCUAGCUUUCCUCAGUUUGUGGUUGUGUAUUCCCUUCCUGCUGCUCAACCCCAUAUCUACAAACAUUGCCCACACUGCUUUCAACCACACGAUCCAAGAACCCUGGCUCGGCACUCUGGAGCAGGAGAACGUCUGGAAGUGGAUUGAUGACUUCUUAAUGCUUGGGCUUGGCAGUGUUUCAUUUCAGAGCUUCCACCAGAGGACGCUGUCUGCCUCCUCACCACUAACAGCCCAGUUGACCUGCUAUGCUGCUGCCCUUGUCAUUGCCAUACUGGGAAUCCCUCCAGUCUUGGUUGGGGCUGUCGCUGCCUCCACAGACUGGAACCUAACGCUGUAUGGCUCUCCAUCUCCAUAUGAACGUGGGGAGUAUAGUUUGGUCCUGCCCCUGACCCUACAAAACCUCACUCCGUCUUACAUCUCAAUCAUUGGAAUUGGAGCUGUGGCCGCUGCCGUCAUGUCAUCCACAGACUCUGGCCUGUUGUCUGCAACUUCUGUGUUCUCUUCAAACAUCUACAAGAACAUCCUGCGUAAACGGGCAUCAGACUAUGAAAUGCAAUGGGUGAUUCGUCUCACAGUGGUGGUGGUGGGUCUGGUUGGGACCUCCAUUACGUUCUACACCAACAGCACUCUGGUCCUCUGGAUUCUUGGAGCAGACAUCUCCUAUACCCUUAUGUUCCCCCAUCUGGUGUCUGUGCUCUUCUUCAAAGUGACAAAUGGUUACGGUGCCAUGGUGGGUUACAUCAUAGGGCUGACCAUGAGGAUUUUGUUGGGAGAGAACGCUCUAGGUCUUCCUGUUGUUCUUCAUCUUCCUGGUUGCAAAUUGGAAGAUGGCGUCUACGUCCAAAAGUCCCCUGUCAGGACAGUGUCCAUGCUCUGCACUUUGUCAACCAUCUUAGUAUUUUCCUCACUGGCUUUUUUCAUGUUCAACCACGGCCUGUUGCCGGAGAGAUGGGACAUUUUCAAAGUAAAAUGCAAUGUUAUUGCACCACCAGCGGAUGCCAUCACACAGAAUCUCCAAAACAAAGCUGGAAGUGAUGACGAGUGUGACGACAACAGAAAUGGUGUUGCCUUACAGCCAAUGUUACAGACUGGAUCCUAAAUGUUUGUCUUUCCUUUUGUAAAGUUGCUGGCCUGAAUUUAUUAUGACCUUAAUAACUUUGUAUAUUUAGAGAAAUUGCAAAUGUGAUUUCAUUUUAAGCUGCUAACUGCUCAUAGUUGCUGAUGAAGUAUUUUACACUUUUCCUUUUAUUACUGUAUGUAUGUUGGUGAAAAUGUCGGUUUUUGGAACCACGUUACACAAACAUCAUCUAAAAAACAGUACAUUAUUCAAACUAUAAAAGCUAUUAUACUUUCAAAAGUUGAUAAUGGUUAAAUGGAUGAAUAAUAUAGUAUUAUAACAUGAUAAUAAUCAGAUUAGAUACUGCUAGUCGUAGCUCAAAAAAAGAGAUGUGUGGGUAGCUUUUUUUCAAAUGUAAAUUCCCAUUGCUUUGAGCUGCACAAACAAAAUUAUAUUCACUGCAUGUAUUGGGGUCACAGUAGAAGUUUCAGGGGUUUUCAUGGGGUUAAGUACUGUAUCACUUGAUGUAAGUGAGAAAUGUUUUUUGUGAUUUGGAUGAAGUGACCUUCGUUGUUUGUUUUACUCGCCAAUCAAAUCUGUGCUUCUUUUACACUGUUCUCAUCUUAAUGGCAUGACCGACACCUGGGUGCUAUGUCAUCCUGCUUUCCCUUAAACUUGUGGCACGCUAUAAAUAAAGUACAAUAAUUUAGUGUGCACGGUAUGCUUGAAAGUAACUAGUUCAGGUUUCAGACACUAUUAGCUUUUGUUGUUAUAGUUUAGUUUUAGGGGCGGGGGGGGUGUUAUGUGUUGUCUUCUAUAUUUUCAUAUUUUGGUACCUAAAGUUUUCAUCAAUCAAUGCUGCUCUGCUUUAAAACAUAUAUUAAUGUGAAUUUAUUCCAAAUAAUAAAAGCUGCCUACUGACUAUUAUUAUUACUAUACUGUAAUAAUAAUAGAGAUAUUUACCCCCUAUGUACAAUACAGACACUGAUCCUCU